AUGACGGAGAGCUCUGUUGAAUUAGACAAAUUGGUUGGACUCGAUGUUAGAGAUAAGCCAGAGUCUAUAGAGAUUGAAACGAUAGUUCAAGCAGUAAUAAAGUCUUUGAAUCAUAAAUUCUCAGGAUUUACCAGCGAUCUUGUUGGGAUGCAACCUCGCAUAGAAGAAUUAGAAAAGCUUCUAAAAUUGAGCUCAAAGGAUGAUGACUUCAGAGUUCUGGGAAUUUUGGGGAUGGGUGGAGUAGGAGAGACAACUCAUGCUACUAUUUUGUACGACAGAAUCUCUUAUCAGUUUGAUGCUCGAUGUUUUAUUAAUAACACACACUACUAA